UUGCCUAUAAAGCACGCCAUGGCUUCAUCUUCCCCAACGCACAAAUAAGUUUCUCUUUGAAGGAAGACAUGGCUGGUUUCAUGGGAGCUCUGGUUGUUCUCUGCUUGGUGGUGGUGGCGACGGUGCCGGCGUUUGGGAAGGAUUAUACGGUCGGUGACUCUCAGGGGUGGACGAGUGGUGUGGAUUAUAGUACUUGGGCUUCUGGCAAAGUCUUCAAGGUUGGAGAUUCGUUAUUGUUCACCUAUAGUGGGCUCCACAGCGCAGAGGAGGUGAGCAAAUCCGACUACGACUCUUGCAGUACCAGCAACGCCCUCCAGACCCACACCGAUGGUAAUACUAAGAUAAGUCUCACCGCUCCCGGCUCCCGUUUCUUCAUCUGCGGCACUGCCGGCCACUGCGCCAGCGGCAUGAAGCUCGCCGUCACCGUUGCCAAAGCCAGCUCCGCCAGCCCGCCGACCGGAAGUUCGCCGACAACCCCUACGCCGUCCGGAGGAUCAUCGACCUCGCCUCCCUCCACCCCUAACUCUCCUUCGCCGCCAGGACCCGCUGGCGGCAAAAGCGCCGCCGGCUUCAGCGGAUUCCGCGGUGGCGAUGCAGUGGUUCUUGGUGGUCUGAUUGGGCUUGGACUUGUUGUCAUGGGCUAGGCGAGAGGCAGUGCGGUUUCUAUGGGCUUAAUUGUUUUUAAUGGGCUUUUCGCUUUAGAAUGUGAAUUUUAUGUUGUUUGUUAGAUGUUAUGAUUUGGAGAUUAACGAGACCUUUGCAGCCUUCUUUUUCUGUAAUUUUGCUUGCUCGGUAUUUAUUUUUGCUUUUUUUCUGCUGUAAGAAAAUGAGCCCUUAUAUGUAAAAGAAAUUUUUUUUGUCGUUCUUAAAAUAAAGGGCUCUGCUCUA